UCCUUUCCGCCCCGGAGGCCGCGCGCCCCGAAACCCGGAGUCUGAGCCCCGCGCGCUCCUGGGCUCCGGAACUUGGGCCCAGCUUCAGCAUCGCGUACAGCCGGGGGACCCCAACCCCACCGCCCUGGGCCCGGGAUGGUCCCCCCUUCCGUAGACAGCUACCCCGAGACGCCGGGCUGGGCAGGCCACACCCCGAGACCCCGGUAGACGGAAACGCGCCCAUCCCCCACCCCUACUGCACGAAUCUGGCCUGGUUCUGGGGGACCAGUAGCCUGGGGUGCUGGCUCAGAACCUCUAAGGGGAGGCCCAGGAUCGGCACCCCAACUCUCCUCUUCCAGGGAGACAGAGGCCCUGGUCCACAGACCCUGUUAAAUUGGGGCUCUCAGGUCACCCAGCCCGCUGCAAUCCAGAUGCCCGGGAUUUCAUCCUGACAGACCCGGGGACCGGGGCAGACCGGAGGACGGGGGCCGGAAGCCAAUGAAAUCCGUGAGGGCGAUGACACUGGGGCUGGCCCCAAGUUGGGGGGCCGCGUCCUGAGGAGUCCAUCCACACGCGGGUUUCCAUGGCAACGGCCCAGCCGGGAGCCUUUUUUAGGUGCAGUGUCUGGGAGGGCAGCCCCUUGGGCCCCCCCUCUUCCAGCUGUUGUGUCUUCCUGUUUUGUCACCACGGCAACGGUGACCUCAGCCCUGCACCCCCUCCCUCUUGGCGGAGAAUCCGAGCCACAGGUCUCCCGGGGGAGUGGUCUCCCCGUGCCCCCGCCCACGAGGUCUGGAGACGGGGGGGGGGCUCCUCCGUCCACGGCCCGUCCAGGCCUGGCCCCGCCCCGCCCACACCCCGCCCACACGCGCUCUCUGGUCCACACCCCACCCGGUCAACCGCACCCAGCCGGUAGACCCUCUGGUCCGCAACUGCCGUCUUUGCUUUAGCCGCAGCCUCCGCGGGUCCGAGAGGUGUCCGAACCGCCUUUUUAGUGUGGCCGAGCCGCCUCCACCGCCGGAUCCUUCUCCUCCACGUGGCCACCUGAAACCGCAGCCAUGCCGGUGACGGUGACCCGCACAACCAUCACGACCACGUCGUCCUCCACCGUCGUGGGGUCCCCUCGGGCACUGACCCAACCCCUGGGCCUGCUCCGCCUGCUGCAGCUGGUGUCCACCUGCGUGGCCUUCUCGCUGGUGGCCAGCGUGGGCGCCUACACAGGGCCCAUGGGACACUGGGCCAUGUUCACCUGGUGCUUCUGCUUUGCCGUGACCCUCAUCGUCCUAGUGGUGGAGCUGGCCGGGCUGCAGGCACACUUCCCCCUGUCCUGGCGCAACUUCCCCAUCACCUAUGCCUGCUACGCCGCCCUCUUCUGCCUGACAUCCUCCAUCAUCUACCCCACCACCUACGUGCAGUUCAUGUCCCACGGCCGCUCCCGUGACCACGCCAUCGCCGCUACCACCUUCUCCUGCGUUGCCUGUCUGGCAUACGCCACCGAAGUGGCCUGGACCCGGGCAAGGCCCGGGGAGGUCACUGGCUACAUGGCCACUGUGCCCGGGCUGCUCAAGGUGCUGGAGACCUUCGUGGCCUGUGUCAUCUUCGUCUUCAUCAGCGACCCCUACCUGUACCAGCGCGCGCCGGCCCUGGAGUGGUGCGUGGCGGUGUACUCCAUCUGCUUCAUCCUGGCUGCCGUGGCCAUCCUGCUGAACCUGGGCGAAUGCACCGGCGUGCUGCCCUUCCCCUUCCCCAGCUUCCUGUCGGGCCUGGCCCUGCUCUCAGUCCUCAUGUAUGCCUCCGCCCUCGUCCUCUGGCCUCUCUACCACUUCAAUGAGAAGUACGGCGGCCAGCCCCGCCGGGCCUGGGACUCGGGCUGCGGCUCCAGACAUACCCACAUUGUGUGUACCUGGGACCGCAAACUGGCGGUGGCCGUCCUGACGGGCAUUAACCUGCUGGCCUACCUGGCUGACCUGGCGCACUCUGCCCGACUGGUGUUCGUCAAGGUCUAAGACUCCCAGGGGCUCCCUUGCCCCUCUGUCCCGCCCCUUCUUCCUUCCCCCAGAGUUUCCAUUCCUGAGACCUCUUUCCUCUCCCUUCCUUCCCGGCCUCCUCACCAGCUCAUCCUGCUCCACUUCCUGUUUCCUGUUCCCCUUUCCCCUUCCUUGCUCCUUUCCUUCCUGUUGGGUUGGGUGCCCUCAUCCUGCUCCCCCCCCUCCUGACUCCGCCCCUUUCUCCCGUCUCUCUCUGGUCUCCUGAUGUCUCUUCCUAUUUCCUCGGGAGCCCUGAGACUCUCCUGUCCUCCACCUCACCUCCGAAGGUGCUGAGCUCCACACAUCCACACCCUCUCUGCAGCUGUUCAUGCCACAGCCUCGGGAGAGGCCCCAUUGCCAAAGCAUGCCUGCCCACCCUCGCUGUGCCUUAGUCGUGUGUCUGUGUAUGUGCUGGGGGCUGGCUAGGGAGGGGUCCCCUUCCCCCAGGUGGAGGAGGCUGCACAGUGCACCUCCUCUCUAAGUUACAAAAACAGUUCUCUGCAGGUCAGUAAUUCCCAGUGGGCGGGAGGCUUUAAGCACAGACCCGGGGUCCCUAGACCCACCUGGUACUUAGCCAUGCCUAGGACAGCCUCCAGGAUUUUUCCAGCCUUAUUAAAACCCACUGCCUAGAGGCCAUCUUAGAGGAAGCAGGAGGUGGAUGUGUUUCAUCCCAGCUGUCCUUUGUGCUAGCAAAAAAAAAAAAAAAGUCUUGCAGACACCGGUCUGAAGUAUUUGUGAGGGACAGGAACCCUCCAGGCUCAGUGUUGAAAAUAAUGUGCCCUGCUUUGGCAGGGAUGGGAGGGAAACGGCUACUGGGGGCCUUAAAGGCAGUCACCUGGCUUUUUCUCUUUUUUUCUGGUCACCAGGGCAGAGACUACUGGGUGGCCCUAUUCUGCAAGGGGGAAGACUUUCUUAUCAGUUUUUCUUUGCUUUUGGGGGGAGGUUGCUGCUGCCAUGGCCAGAGGAAUGGCAUUGCGUGUGUGUGGUAUGCACACCUAUUUCUGUGUGCUAGUUGCUUCUUGCUGCUUCCUGCUUCGCGGGGAUUCACAUGCAUACCGUGAUAUAUAUAAAUGUAUAAAUACAUAUUUUAUUUUUUUUAAUUUCCUGGAGCUUUCAGUUCCUAUAGCUCCUGCUGUCAGUCAUAGAAAUCUUGUCCCUUCCCUUACUCCCACAUUCACAAUGUUCUUUUUUUUUAAAUCUUGACAUAAAGAUAACAGAAGAGGA